CUUUUACCACUUUAUAGCAAUUUUUUAGAACUAUUCAAUAGCCUAAUUGCUCUAUUAUUGCUUCCCAUCGACAAUAAAUAUUUAAGGGGCCCUCAUUAAAUGCUCUAACUUCAUCUUUUAAAUUUUAAAAAUUCCACAGUAUUCCAAUACAGUGUGCAGUGACUGUAGCAAAAUAUCACAUGGUAAAGCAUCCCCAUGGUUCAUGUGGACCAGUCCAACUCACCUGGCUUGACGUCAUGAAUUUUGUACGGGCGAAAAACAGCUCACGGCUGUGAACUUUUUGGCUACUUAUUUCGGAACUUUUCAGUCGACUCGAAGACAGGAGCACCUUGGCGAAUCAUUGAGGGACUGUUUUGAGAUUUUAUCAAGCGGCAUUUGGGGUCAGAAUUGCUGUAACUCCUGAGGAGUGUUAAAGGGACCCAACAAUGGCAAUGCCAUAUCCGCGGAACACCAGGACCUGUGUGAGACCGCUAUGGCGGACACUCCUUGCAUUUAUGUACAACCUACUCGUAUCCCCUUGGAUGAGGCUGUUCUGCCAUUUCAUUCGUCACCAAGAAGAUUCGCACCCUGCUUCAGUUCCAAGGGAGCCUAUUGCAGCCUCACCAGACAUCCAACAAGCGGUAUCCGAGAGUACAAAUCGGCCCACCCCUGUACUGUCCGUAUCCCAACCUGAAGAGUCAAGUGAACCCGAAGAUUCAAGUGUCGUCUCCGUCUUUGUGACAUCGAAGACGGACAUCGCCUAUGAUGAUCAUGCCCAAGUAUCAGUCAACCCCGCAAACGUCAACGUGCCUGAGAGUGAGGUGGGAGAGGGAGUCGACGAAACCCUGUUCAAAACCACAAUCAAGGGGCGCAACGAAGACCUGCUGUACCUUCUCCGAAAACUUGACGGUGACUCUCGUGCCAUCGCUAUUGUUCGCAAACUUCUACAAGAGACCCUUGAGCAGGACGGUGUAAGCUACACUGACGAAACCAGCGAUGAGGAAACGUCUCUUUACGUAAGUGUGGACCUUGCCCUAGAAGACGACGGAGAUGACGACGUCGAUGCCAUGAAGGACCACACCCAGGAAGCGUCCUCAGCGUCACCUCUUGAUGAGACAGCUGCUACCGCAGGCAAAAACGUGGCAGAAGAACCUUCCGGAGACCAGGACACAACUGAAGAGACAGCUGGUGCCGAAACUGACCAAACAGUCAGCGGGAGUAACCGCAACGAUAUUGGACCCCUUCGAUCCCUGACAGCUGAGGAAAGGAACACGGCAUCUGACUACUUCACCGGCACUCCUGACAACAGUCGUCCGCCAGACAACGAUGACCAGGAACAACAAGAGAAUUGUGACAUUGACAGCGGGCCCCAUGAGAUGCUCCACCUGGAUCAUCUUGAACCAUCAAACACGACUGGCUGCGCACUGAAACAGAGGGAUUGCUUCAACGCCGAUACCUUUGAUGAGACAACUGGGCCAUCAGGACUGUUUGAGAUAGAGGUACCGGAGAACCCUGGACCACCCAAUGCCAAUGGCGCGGACGGCUUAGUACACGAUGAAGAAACUGAGCGCACGCGGAAGGAUGACUGUGGUGGGAUCAACGUUGAGGUGGACAGCGGCCCGAAGGAAAUGCUCCACGGCGUGUCAUUUUCGAAAGCCCUGGAGGACAUCCGACUGAACCACGGCGAUGAUGAGGACAAUGAACCCAACAGACGUUACCAUGGCGAUGUCUGUUGCGGGGAUGUUCAGCCCCCACGGGAUGCCUGGGGCCUUGAACGCCACGAGGAGGUCGCAGAUAAAGGACUUGUUGUCUCAGCGAUGAAACAUGUCUCAAAACCGGCUGGACAAGACACGGGAAUCGUUGGACAGGACAUGGACGACCCGAAGCUCAGCAUUGAGGGCAACAGCCGCGCCAGCUUUGAUAUGGGACAGCAGGGACUCCGUGUCAACAACAACAACAAUGAUGCCAUGGGUCGUACUCCUGACAUGGACUGUGGCUAGUGUGAACAGGAAUGCAUGACAGAAAUUUUGACACGUUUUGUGGGACGAUUCACAGUACACAGUACUCCACACUGUUUUCGCACAAAUUGCUUUGCAGUAGGCGCUUAUGCUAUAUACUGUCGUGUAACUUGUAAGAGUGCUCUAUUGAUUAUGUGUAUGCAACGUGGAACAGUACUUGUUUACAAAUACAUAGCAAAGAAAGAAUAGUACGAAAGUGUACGAAGGGAACAUCUCUAUUUUCGGCUCUGCAGCUACCAGCAUGCAACAGCUGGACAAUCGGAGAUGUUCAAGGCAGUUAAUGUUUCCUGUAAUACUUUAGCCUUGAAUAACAUUUGAUUGUUCAAAAAACUAUGAUGGACGUGAAACCUGUAGGGAUUUUGGAGUAAUAUAGCCAAAGUCAUGUUUGAAUCCAUACCUAUACAUGUAUAUAUAUAUAGAGAAAUUACCAACCUUAUUACAGGAUACUUCACCAUGUACCACUAUACAAUUUGUACAUCAUUAUCUCACAUGUAGGUGUUGAAUUAACAGUGUUUUGAAUUAACCAGAUACUGACAUCUUAUGAUACUUAAUUCUUAACAUAAUGUUCUCGAAUUUUGUUUUUAAAAGUGCAGGAAAAUGUUUACAUUUGAAAGAAGUAUAACCUUCUUAGAUUAUGACUAACUAACUACUGGUGACUAUAAGAUCAGUAGCAGUAGAAUAUGUAUCCCGAUUAAUUUCGACACAUUGUCUUGUAAUAUUGAUAAAUUGAGGUGUGCCUGAUAUGCAUAUUUUUAUAAUAGUCAAUUCAUGCUUAAUUGUUAGCGUUGUUUUAUUAGAGAACAUCAAUCUGGUAUACACAUGUAGCAUGCUUUGCUGUCGCAGUGAGAAAUAAAAUGAAUAAAAUCCAAUGACUGUAAUAUCUUGUUAAUAUCUUGCUAAAGAUAUGGGAAUGGCAAUGUAAACAUUGAACUGUUUUUUUUCUACAUUGUCCUUAAGAGCAAUAUGCACAAGUACUUGCCGUUUCCCAACAGCGUAUAUUCCUGCUGGAUGAU